CUAAAACAUACUCUCAUUUUUCACCCCUCUUUCUCUCUCUCUCUCUCUCUUGUUUCUCUCUCUAUACAUAUAUACGUAUCCUGAGAUUGUCGUCUUGGUCCCCGAGCUAAUUGUGCAUUGUGCUGCUUUUGACGCAAUCGAUCAUCUCCGAUUCGACCAGGUAACACUGUUGGAAGAUUCAAUUUUGCUUGCUGGAUCGAUCAAACCGUAUCUGGAUCUUCCAUUCAGGACUUUUACUUGCUAAUUAGGAGUUGAUGUUUCGGAUCUGUGACUGAAUUUCGUUGAAUUUUGCCUGAGGUUUUCUAGUUCAAUUGAUUAUAUUAUAUUAUUCUAGGGUGUGUAGGUGGGUAGGUUUAUAGAUAGAUAGAUGGCUUCUAAUCCUCCGUUUAUGGUGGAGGAUACCGAUGAAGACUUUUUUGAUAAAUUAGUAGAUGAUGAUGAUGAUGAUUUGAACCCCCCUGCAUUAGCUUUAAAAGAGGAGAUCAAUAAUAUUGUUGAUGAUAAUGAUUCUGAUGAUGCUAAGGCUUUUGCUAAUUUGAGCAUUAGUGAUGUGGGAGCUGGAGUUGAAGAUUUGGGGGAAGUAGGUUUAGAGGAAGAUAGUUUGUUAAUUACUAAAGAAGAAUUUUCUAAUGUAGACUCAAGUCGUAUAGUUUCUUCUAAUUCGUUGACAGUGGAUAAUAAUGUUAAUGAUGAACCUGAUAAUGGUACAAUCCAGUUGGAUAAACCAGUGGGUUCUACAGGAAGUGAGGAUCAGAAUCAGGGAUCUGGAGGUACUGCAGGUGUUAAAGAGGUGCAAUGGAGUUCCUUCGGUUCUGAUUCCGUGGAGAAUAGUGAUAACGUAUUUGGAGCAGACCCUGGUUUCUUUAAUGAAUUUGAUAAUGGAUCAGUUGACCAGAUAGGGAAAGAGGAUAGCUUCAUUAGUAGUGUAGUAAAUAAUUCCUUGCAGGUUGAGGAUGUUAAUACUUACUCGCAUCAACUUCAAUCCGAUCAGGCGUACGCCACCACAGGGGAACAAGCUUCGGAUGGGCAAGAUCCUAACAGUAUUCAAUACUGGGAGAAUCUUUAUCCUGGAUGGAAGUAUGAUGCAAAUACUGGACAAUGGUAUCAAGUAGAUGCAAAUUAUGAUGCAACAUCAUAUGCAGAAGGGGUGAGUAACACAGAAUCUGCUUCUGAUUGGAACCUCAACCGUCAGAAUUCAGAGGUUUCUUACUUGCAGCAAUCUGCCCAAUCUGUUGUGGGGGCUGUAGCAGAGAAGGGCACAACGGAAAGUAUUACAAGUUGGGAUUCUGUUUCUCAGUCUGGUCAGAGUUUAUCAAACUGGAAUCAGGGUUCAGAAGCCAACAACAAAGUGUAUCCUCCUCAUAUGGUUUUUGAUCCCCAAUACCCUGGCUGGUAUUAUGAUAUGCAUGUCCAAGAAUGGCGAUCGUUGGAUGAUUACAAUUCACAGUCAACUGCUGUAGCUCAGGAGCUCGUUAACCAGAAUGGGUACGGUUCAAGUAAUACUUAUUAUGAAAAUGAACAGAAAACAUACAGUGGGCAGGAACAAGCUUAUAACUGGAAUGGUUCUUUUAGCAAUGCUGGACAACAGAGCUCAACUAUGUGGCAACCUAGUAAUGUUGCCACUAGUGCCCCAAUGGAAGAAUUUAGAAAUGACCAACAGAUAGGUAAUCACUAUGGCAGGAAUUUCCAUGUAGAUAACAAUGUUAAUCAAGAGAGUUUUUACGAUUAUGCGGGAACAACCACCACCCAGGUUGAUAAUGGGUUCCCUGCAGUUUCUGGGACUCAAUCUGCUGUUCUUUAUAGUCAGCCAUUCAGUCAGCCUUUGGAGCAAAGUGAGCCCAUGAAUGUCCAAAAGGCGUAUGGAAACCAGAACCAGUUAAGCUAUUUGCAGCAAACAGUUCAGAGCGCUCAUCAAGUUUCUUAUGGUUCUACUACGGGAAGAUCUUCUGCUGGCCGCCCUCCUCAUGCAUUGGUUACUUUUGGUUUUGGUGGGAAACUGAUUGUGAUGAAAGAUGAUAGCGCUUCCAUAAAUGCAUCCUACGGAGGCCAGGAUUCAAAAUCAGGGUCAAUUUCUGUUCUUAACUUAGCAGAAGUUGUUACUGGAGGAGGCAAUGUACAUGACUAUUUUCACAAUCUCUGUCAGCAGCCAUAUCCCGGUCCACUUUCUGGUGGAAAUGCUGGGAGUAAAGAGUUAAACAAAUGGAUUGAUGAUACUAUUACACACACUGAAACUUCUGAUGUUGUUUAUAAUAAAGGUGGAGUUCUAAGAUUGCUCCUUUCCUUGCUGAAAAUAGCCUUACAGCAUUAUGGCAAAUUGAGAUCUCCUUUGGGCUCAGACACUAGUUUAAAGGAAAAUGAUGCUCCAGAAGUAGCUGUUGCUAGACUGUUUGCGUCUGUGAAGAGCAGUGCGGAAUACCACAAUUACGGUGCUUUUUCCCAUUGCUUGCAACAUGUACCUUCAGAAGCACAAACUCGGGAAGCUGCUGCUGAAGUCCAAACUCUGCUUGUUUCUGGUAGAAAGAAAGAGGCUCUUCUUCGUGCACAAGAAGGCCAAUUGUGGGGGCCCGCACUUGUUCUUGCAGCACAACUCGGUGAUCAGUUUUAUGUGGAUACAGUUAAGAAAAUGGCUCUUGGUCAGUUGGUACCUGGAUCACCAUUGCGGACACUAUGUCUUCUUAUUGCUGGUCAACCAGCAGAUGUAUUUGCAACUGAUGCUACAACAGAUGCUGGGGUUCCUGGUGCUCUAAAUAUGUUCCAACAACAUCCUACACAGGGUCAGCUUAGUGUUAAUGGUAUGCUUGACGACUGGGAGGAUAAUUUGGCAGUGAUCACUGCCAACAGAACGAAAGAUGACGAAUUAGUGCUUACUCAUCUGGGAGAUUGUUUGUGGAAGGAAAGGAGUAAUAUUAUUGCAGCCCACAUUUGCUACUUAGUUGCAGAAGCAAACUUUGAAGCAUAUUCAGACAGUGCUAGACUCUGCCUCAUUGGUGCAGAUCACUGGACACAUCCCCGUACAUAUGCCUCCCCCGAGGCCAUUCAGAGAACAGAGGUAUAUGAAUAUUCAAAGAUGCUUGGAAACUCUCAGUUCACCUUGCUUCCAUUUCAACCUUAUAAACUUGUUUAUGCACACAUGUUGGCUGAAGUUGGAAGAGUGUCAGACUCUUUAAAGUACUGUCAAGCUGUUACAAAAUCGUUAAAAACUGGACGAAUCCCUGAGGUAGAAAUCUGGAGACAAUUGGUUAUAUCCUUAGAGGAUAGGAUAAAAACUCACCAACAGGGGGGGUUCACUACUGGUAAAAUAGUUGGUAAAUUGCUCAACCUUUUUGAUAGCACUGCACAUCGUGUUGUUGGCGGCCUUCCGCCGCCUGUUCCAUCAACAUCUGGUGGCAGUGCCCAACACGACUACUAUCAACAACCGCAGAAGGGUUCAAGGGUUUUAACUAGUCAAUCGACAAUGGCAAUGUCAUCUUUAGUGCCAUCUGCAUCGAUGGAGCCAAUCAAUCAGGCAGAUGGAAACAACAGAAAUUUGAUGCAUAACCGCAGUGCUUCAGAGCCUGUUUUUGGUCGAUCUCCAUCUCCCGUUAAGGAUGACACAUUGAAGGAAAACUCUGCCGUUUCUGCGGAUUCAAAAAGUAAAGCAUCUGAGAAGCCUUCAGGGCGUCGUGGCUUCAGUUUUCGGGCCAUGCUUUACGAAAAAACAGUUGGUAGGAUUCUACCGGCUCGCCAAGACAAACAGGCAAAGUUGGGCGACGCUAAUAAGUUCUAUUAUGAUGAAAAACUUAAGAGAUGGGUGGAAGAAGGGGCUGAUCCUCCAGCAGAGGAAGCCGCCCUUGCUCCACCACCUACAAUGACGACAGCUUUCCAGAAUGGAUCACCAGAUUAUAGCCUUAAGUCCGCUUUAACACCCGAAUCUGUGAGCUCUGAAUUUGCAAGCCCAGCUCCCGCUACUCAUACUUCAGGAAUCCCACUGAUUCCACCCACCACAAACCAGUUUUCUGCACGUGCAAGAACAGGGGUCCGAGCAAGGUAUGUUGAUACUUUCAACAAAGGUGGCGGAAACCAGACCAACUUAUUUCAAUCACCUUCCGUUCCUAACACCAAACGUCCCAACCCCAACCCAAACUUCUUUGUACCAACAGCUGCCCCUGCACCAGCUGAUAAUCCUCCUGAUAACCAAACUCCCCCGUUGGUUUCUUCUACAACCAGCCAAUCGGCAUCGAGCAUGCAAAAGUUUGCAUCAAUGAAUGAUAUUUCAAAAGGGGGAUCAUCAUCAUCAUUAACAUCCACAUCGUCGGUCACCAAUCAUCCAAUGUCACGAAGAACGUCAUCAUGGAGUGGAAGCGUGAAUCAAGAUUUUCCAGUUCCUGGUAGCAACAGUGAACAACAACAUAUGUUUAUGCCAACCAAGCCAAGUUUUGCACACUCAUCCAGUGAUGAUCUCCAAGAAGUUGAACUUUAAAGCAAAAAAUAAGAAGGUUUAUAUUUUACAUAUAUGAUGUAUACUGGAGGGUUACUUAGCUGUCUGGAGAGAUGGGUUUUGUUAAAUUUUAAAGAGUGGUGUUCUAUAUUAUAACCGUUACAGACUGAAGAACACACGGAACGCUUUUUGUGUUUCGCAGGGAAGUUGAAAAUGACACAACUACUCGCCCAAUCUAGACUUGGACCACAAAAUUGGAUACUUAUAGUUUUGACCCCAAUUUUGUACUUUUCAACAUUUCAGUUCAAUUUUCGUAAUCAUCAAAUUGAAUAAUAAUAUAAUUGAAAA